GGAAAGUCCUCUCCUCCCGCCUCAUGAAGAUCCAACACGUCCGCCAUGAUGUCUGUGUGUGUUCACCGCCGACCAACGCAAAGUGCGUACGCAGAAAGAGACAGCAGGCUGGCGGAGGUUGCCAGGUGGCGUAAAAAAACAGAGUGGACUUUGUGUCCCUCCUGUGACGGCUAUCAAGCAUCAAGGUUCAAGCCGACACAGAGAUCGUCGGGUCAGUUCUUUAUGUUGGAGGUGAUUAAGCUGUGAUUAGCCAUGAUUGACUCAUCCGCUGGAGCUAUAAAAGCCUCCGACUGCCUGACAGAAGACACCAUUAGGUCAAAGAACCCCAGGAGUUAAGGUUGGUCUUCCUCAUCCGCAGCCAUGAAAUUCUCCCUCGUUGCUGCUCUUGUUGUUGUGCUGGCUGUUGCCCAUGGCACUGAGGCCGUGUCUCUGGUGAAGCGUGACGUCAAGUCUGAGGUAGACAGGAUCGCCCAGGUUAUCAACGACAUGUCCGCCAGCAUCACCACCGCGACCCAGGACCUGGUGGAGAAGGUGAAGGCUCUGGAGGUGACCAACACCGCCCAGACUUACGUGGAGGACAGCAGGGCCAAGAUCCUGCCCCUGGUGGAGAAGGUCCAGGCCGAGGCCGCCAAGCUGCAGGAGCAGGUCAAGCCCUUCAUCACCAACAUCGAGGAGCAGAUGAAGCCCGUGACCGACAACUUCAACGCUCAGGUCAAGCCUCUGACCGACAACUUCCAAGGCCAGGUCAAGCCCCUGACUGACCUGGUUGAGAAGUUCUUCCAGCAGGUGAUGGACCAGACCAAGGCCCUGCUCCCCCCCCAGUAAAGCUCGCUGUUGGUUGGUUCCAGCUGCAGUGACACCCACUCUGGGCGAGUUCAGCCCUGAAUACUUCACUGGUGUUUACAUGAACGUCAUCAUUAAAGGGGUCUAAAGUCAU